CCAGAGCCACAGUGGCUAGAUAUGGGCAGCUCGUGUGGACUUGUAACUGGCAUUUUAAUACUAUGUAAAGGGACUGCUUAUUUUAAUAUGUAAGUUUACUACGUCGGUUUUAUUUUAAGGUAUUUUACUAAUAACAAAAGCACUUUCCCGGUUAGCUAUGUAGCUAGGUGAUUGACUUUUUACCAGUCGGUUUCUGGGAGGCGUCACUGAUAAACCUUAACUAACGUCCGAGGGAGAAAAAAAAAAACGUUAACGUGUCGGACAUAUUCGUUGAAACAGUUAGUCAGAUUUCUGGCCCACAUCUGCGGUGACAGCUCGCAGGGGAAUUACUCAGAGCACUUUAUGAAGUUGUGAAGCUUGUCCAGAGGCAGGAUUCACUAUGACAGAGCGGACCCCGCUUCUCCACUAUCGCCUCUCCACCAGCGUCAAUGAAUCCGAGCAGCGGUCACCUCCGGCCGGGCAGGUCCCGGAGCGGCACCCGGGCAGCCCCAGGCAGAGGUCUACCCACCAGCGGCAACAACCGAAGAAACUCUCCACCUUCUUCGGUGUGGUGAUCCCUACUUUGCUGUCGAUGUUCAGCGUUGUGGUCUUUCUCAGAAUAGGAUUUGUGGUUGGCCAGUCUGGACUGUACCAAGCUAUUGCCAUGUUCCUGGUGGCCUACUUCAUCAUCUGUAUGACCGUGCUGUCAGUCUGUGCUAUCUCCACCAAUGGAGCCCUGGACGCCGGGGGAGCCUAUUACAUGAUCAGCCGAGCGCUGGGUCCGGAGUUUGGUGGCAGCAUCGGCAUCAUGUUCUUCCUGGCUAAUGUGUGCGGCAGCGCUCUGUAUGUGCUGGGUCUGGUGGAGGCCAUCGUGGGCACCUUCGGCGUGCCAGAGGACGGGACCGGGGCCACUUCCCCCUACCAGGUCCUGCCGUCAGGUUACUGGUGGUCUCUGCUUUACGGUACAGCCGUCGCCCUGCUGUGCCUGCUGGUGUGCCUGGUGGGGGCCCACAUCUACGCCAAGGCCACCUUCAUCAUCUUCCUGGUGGUCAUGUUCGUCCUGGGCACCAUCUUCGUCAGCUUCUUCGCCGUAUGGCCUCACACCAUCAUCCUGCCCAGAUCUGCCACGCAUAACCCGGCGGUGAACGGAACCGGCCCCGUGGUUCCCACCACGGCCAACUUCACCGGCUUCAAGUUGGACACGCUGCUCGGGAACCUGUGGGCUGACUACACUGUGGAUUACACAACAGAAACUAUGAUGACCUUUGCCACCGUUUUCGCUGUGAUGUUUAAUGGCUGCACCGGCAUCAUGGCUGGUUCUAACAUGUCAGGUGACCUGAAAAGUCCCAGCUCUUCCAUCCCCCGCGGCACCAUCACAGCCGUCAUCUUCACCUUCAUCAUCUACAACUUGCUCAGUGUGCUGGUGGCGUGCUCCUGUGACCGGGUCCUGCUUCAGAGGGACUACAGUUUCCUGAGGGAUAUUAACAUCUGGCACCCCUUUGUGACCAUCGGGGUUUAUUCCUCCACGCUCUCCGCUGCCAUGAGCAACCUCAUCGGAGCCUCGCGCAUCCUCUACGCCCUGGCCAGGGACGACCUGUUCGGUAAGGUGCUGUCUCCGGCUAAGAAGACGUCCCAAAGUGGUAACCCCUGGGUCUCUGUGCUCAUCUCCUGGUUCCUUGUGCAGCUGGUGCUGUUCUCAGGGAAGCUCAACACCAUCGCCAGCAUUGUGACCAUUUUCUUCCUGUUGGUGUAUGCUGCUGUGGACUUGGCCUGCCUCGCUUUGGAAUGGGCCUCUGCACCUAAUUUCAGGCCCACCUUCCGUUACUUCACCUGGCACACGUGUGUGCUGGGGAUUGUGGGCUGUGCCGUCAUGAUGUUCCUGAUCAACGCCAUCUACGCCUCGGCCAGCAUCGCCUUCAUGCUGCUGCUGCUUCUGCUGAUUCACUACCUCAGUCCCACCUCCAGCUGGGGAUACAUCAGCCAGGCUCUCAUUUUCCACCAGGUGCGUAAGUACCUGCUGAUGCUGGACGUGAGGAAGGACCACGUCAAGUUCUGGAGGCCUCAGGUCCUGCUGAUGGUUUCCAACCCUCGCAGCAGCGUGGGCCUCAUCACCUUCAUCAACGACAUCAAGAAGAGCGGCCUCUACGUGCUCGGCCACGUCCAGCUGGGAGAUCUCAACACGUUGCCGUCGGACCCUCUGCAGUCCCAGUAUGACUCCUGGUUGUCCCUGGUGGAUCAUCUGAACAUCAAAUCCUUUGUCAACCUGACCUUGGCUGAUUCUGUUCGUCACGGAGUCCAACACUUGCUCUUCAUCUCUGGACUAGGUGGGAUGCGUCCCAACACCCUCGUCCUGGGUUUCUAUGACAACUGCCUUCCAAAGGACAAGCUGGUUGAUCCCUCCAUGUCUACCAGUCAGUCCACAGAUCCCUCGGGCCUCUCUCAGGAGCUCGAGCAGCAGCCUCCUCUCUUCCACUUCGCCCCCCUGCGGAGGGCCAUCGACCGGCAGGACUACGGUGAAUUCGGCGACGGGAAGGUUCUGGGGUCCCAGGAGUACGUAGCGAUCAUCGCCGACGCCAUGAAGAUGCUUAAGAACGUGGUGCUGGCUCGAUACUUCAACAACUUCGACCGAACUCAGGUCCUCUCUCCACCCUCCUCCUCCCCAGGGAAGGGCGCCGUGUACGUUGACGUCUGGCCGGUCAACCUCCUGCGUCCCGACAGCUGCAGCUACGUCGACACCUGCUCCCUGUUCCUGCUGCAGCUCGCGUGUAUCCUCAACAUGGUGCGAGCCUGGAAGAAAGCUACGCUGCGUCUCUUCCUGUGCGUGGAGGAGGGGCGAAGCGUAAGAGGCUCGGAGGAGAAGCUGGGUCAGCUGCUGAAAGAGCUGAGAAUCAAAGCGAGGAUCUAUCCUGUGCCCUGGGACCAGCAGGUGGCGCUACACUGGCAGCGUCAAGGCAAGUGGGGCAAGAAGCAGCAGUCACAAACCCCUGACACCAUAAAAGAAGAGACGAAGCCGAGGCCAGAUGAAGAGGAGGAAGAGAACGACGAAGACUACGUCAACAGCUUCCCGAGCAACACCAUGCGCCUGUCGGACGACUACCUGUCAGCUGUCAAUAAGCUGAUCCUGGACCAGGCCCGGCCGCCGCCCGCUGUGCGUUUCCUCUACUUGCCCCGGCCUCCAGCUGACACACACCGUUACGCCACCUAUUUACACCAGCUGGAGCUGCUGACUCGGGACCUGGGCCCCACGCUGCUCAUCCACGGAGUCACACCUGUCAUCACCACUGACCUUUGAGAAAUCCCACAGUCAGUGAAGUGUGCCUUAGACGCCGACGGUUCUGAGUUUUGCAGUGUCGCCCGCCUGCCGCUGAGGGUUGUUCAUGAAGGUGUCUGGACCUCUGUGUCCCCGCUGACCUCAGCACUGCCAUGGUACUGACCACUCCCCCCAACACCACACAGGGGAAACAGCCCUUGAAAUUUGACCCAGACUGGGGCGUCGCUGCUGACUCCCAAACACCAUCUGCACUGCCUCGCACAAUAUGGACCAACGAAGAGCGAAGUCUCUAGAGACGCAGCCUAUUUUUAGAAUAUUUAAAAUGAAGACCAGACAUCACACGGUACAGCUUGGCCGCUUGGGGAUCACAUGAAAGCCUGUCCAGAUAUUUAACCUCUUCUUGAUUUUAUUUGUGUUCUCAGCUUGUAGUUCAGGCUUUCCCAUCAAGCACCUGAAGGCACCAUAAUGUUAAAUUUAAUAGAACCUCGUGCCUUAUCAGGUGAAUGUAGGGCCUGUUGAGCCAUUGCUGGUCCACUGCCGUCUCUCCAUUAACUAGUUCUUCCUUUCUGCCUCUAACACAGAGAGCUGUUUAAUUCCUGCUUCAUUUUUAAGUUUCCUCUGACUCCCCUUGUUCCGCUCUUGAAAUGUUCCUGCUGCUCUAAUUCCUCAGAAUGAUCAUUCCAUAUGUCUUCACAUGAAAAAGUGCCUUGCUAGAUAGGGAGCCUGAAUUUGGACUCGGUCACAGACAGAAAGUUGGACAGCUUUACACCUCGGAGCGGCCAUUUGCAGGAAAUCUGCUCUUUCCAUCUUCGCUCAGAACAAAGGAAACAGUCGAACUACAGUAACGACGGUGCUAGUAUG